UUAAAGUGGGAGGACGCGCAAAGUUUCGACGACGCCGCCGCUUUUUUUCGCCCCCAACAUUCAAGAACGUUGCCUUCCCGGCUUGCAAUUGUCUUCGAAAUUUGUGCGUAAACGUGAACAUUUCGCGUUUGGAAUUGCGUGCACCUGGCCACAGUGACGGGACGUAAACAAAUUAAAUUGGGAGCUUUUGUGUACAACAUAACUUCCGCCCACUUUUCGGUGAUUUCGCCCCCUGGCUGUUUGGGGUGCCCCGGGUGCAAGUGCAUUAUUCUGGGCUGGGGAGGGAGACCCUUUCCCCACCCCGCGAAAAAGGUGACCGCAGAGUAAACAAAAGCGUGAAGGAACGCAGUAACGACCUGUGGCAACGAAAGCUUCCCGUCGUCGCCGUGGUGGACGGUUUAGUUAUCGAAAACGCUGUCGCGAACCGGUUUCCGCGAGUUCCAGGUUGAAAGUUCUCAAGGCGAGGGUCCCCUCUUUUGGGGGAUUGGGGGUCGUCUGAGUUCGACUCCCACAAUCACUAGUGCAUUUAGAAACUCUAAAUUGUUGUUCGGCUUCUUGUUUUCGCUCGUGCGUCGAGUGCACGCACGAAUGCGCAAGUGACCUUUGUAGGCCGGCUUUGGGCUUAAGUGUGCAUUUGCUAAUUGACCCUCCUUCGGGUCCAGAUGUUUCGUGGAGUAUAAACGAGAGGUUCGAAGAGGAGAACUCGCGAACUAGUUGCAACUCUAAGGAUUUGAGAAGUGAACGUAAACAGGUUUUCGCAGUUGGAAGCAAUCGUGCAAAUAGACGCGUUGUAAAUUUGAGAAAAACUUUUCAGAAACUAACGGUGGUAUACUCAACAAGUGCGUGUGCUUUACAACUAUCCCGAAUAGUUUCAUACUUCGUUGUUCUUCUAUUGUCUUCUCGAGUCAAUGUGAUAUUUAAGUGAAAAUUUCAAGAGGUGCUCAUACCUUGUGAGGUGCAAAGGUGAAGAAGUAAGCAAUAAUAGUCAUCUGUUCAGUUCCAAGUGUAAAUAUAGUUCAUUGUUGUUAAGGUGUUUUGUCUACAAUCGAUGCGAAUAAUGUGAACACUCGAUACGCUCUAUUCAAACAUCUUUGUAUAUUUUGAUGAACUAAUUUAAGGAUUGAACCUAAACGAAAAAUUUUCGUAACAGAAGCUGAUAGACUACUCAAACCAUUGACUGUCGGCUGACACAAUGUGCAAUGGAGACCUGUUUGGGUGGUCGCCGAAACAAACAAAAGCAACAACUUCAAAAAGAACAACAACAAAAAUCUCUUCACAAAACACCAUCGCAUCAACACGCUCAGCAGGCACAGUUACAGUCAACACAGAAGCAAUUGCAGCUGUUACAAUUGCAUCCAUCAGAAGCUCAUCAUCACCAUCAUCACCACCGCCAAGUCCAUCAGCAGCCAUUGCAACCUCAUCACUUCCAUCACCAACAAGAAUUGCAACAGCGAUUCCCACACUUUCACUACCCGCAAAAGCCCAUUAUGCAAGAGGAGAGAUUCGAUCCCAACAAUCCUGGUAUGUUUCCCGGCUCAAGUGCUGGUCACUUUGGCGGGUCUUCAAGUCGCCAUCACCAAGAUGACUUCUCACCUUCAUCUGCCCACGUCUUUCCCAAUUUCCCACCACCGCCAGACUAUCCACCCCCACAAAUGCAGGUUGUGGGAGUGGGAGUGCCGUCGUCGAAAUUCGCCGCCAAAACAUCAGACGGCAUGGGACAUUUUUCAGGCGCCAAUAUUGAUGGUGAUAACAGUGGUAUUGGUGCCGACAUUGCAGAAGGGAGUCAUAAUCGAAGGAUAAAGUCUGGACAUGGGCUGCAACAUCGAUAUCAGGACGACCUAGACACCAUUGAAGUUUGUUUGGAACAAGAGCCCGCCAGCAUUCAGCCAGGGAUUAUUUCACCUGUCGCCGCCACCGGAAGGUCAUUCGGAACUAGCCGUGCAAUUGAUAGUGGGGGUGCAGGCAACAAUUGUAACAUGCGGAGUAAUAUGAGCCAGGCGAGUAAUACACCUGCAAUGACACCAGUGGCAGGGACAUCUCAGGUGAAAUGGCCCAGGUCAACUGCACCUUCAAGUAUGGACAAAAUCUCACAAAAAUCAAAUAGUCCUGGAAUGAAUCCAAUGCAGCAACAGCAUAUCCAGCAAGAUUAUUCGUAUGCUUACUAUGAACCUGGCGCAGCAAUGCGGCAUUCAAACAUUCCUCCGCCUGAACAACUCCCUGUCACACGACCUCCACCACCUAACUCUAUUCGAGCUCUCCUUUCCAAAGGGAAGCGCAAUAAAUUGCUAGUUUCUCCUUCAACUCGUCAAUCCUAUCAAACACGCUAUACAACACAUGAAAACUUCUAUGAGGAGAUCGCAAGUGACGAUAGAGUGGCACUUCUCAUGUCUACUGGUAACUCACUAGUUUCGAUCAACCAAAAUAUGGUGGAGGAAGAAUUUCGACGUGUACAAAAUCACCACAGAAAAAUUUUAGGAGAACUAAACCUUUCAGUGGAAGCCAUGUUAAUGCCAGAGACUACCUCAAGUGGUAGUCCCACCGAAGAUGAUGAAGAACACAACAGAAAAAGUACUGACAAUAUCACUGAAAUGCUAAAUGCUGUCGGUCCUACAGAUGAGCUUUUAUCACCCGUAAGCAGCACCAAUCCUGCUUUCUGCGGUGAUUUGGAUAGUGGUUUCAGUGGAAGUAGUGGCGCUAGUUAUAUCGGUAGCUUACGCUAUCAUAAAACUAAUGCGGCACUAUCGAACCUCAUGACCAGGAAGGGAAAAAGUGCGGUCACCGCAAGUGGUAGCGCUGCUGCUGGAGGAGCAACGUCUAGUUCAUUUUACAGCGGAAGUGGAAGUUGUCGAUCGUCACAAAGAAGUUCUCAAGAAGAUUCGGGACAAAGUUCGGGAUUCGUGCCGGGACGUUCUUCGUACAAUUUGCAAUCAAGUGUGUGUAAAAGUAAUAAGAAGGAAAAAAUUGAAGUGUCAUCCAGUGUUAACCCCCAACCAGUUCAAACUGAAUCUAAGGCUAGAAGCUUCUGGAAUAAAAAAGGGUGGAAAAAGACACCCGCUUUUGCAAGUACAUCGAGUAUACCCCAAACGGGAACCGAUGAAUCGAAAUUGAAUUCGGGUUCUUGGGAAGAUCCCUUGCCAAUAACUUCAGCUCCAGCUCAGACAACCAUUACAACAGCACAGUUACAUAAUCCGCCGACAUCCGGUCGUACAGUUGAUGCUUUGAAUUUGCGCUUCUUAUCUCAUCAUCACAGUAAAAGUUGCAGCGGAGCCAUUCCUCCCUCAAUAAGUAAUAGUAGUGGCACAACGCCCCCGGGAACAAAUCAGGCGACCGGUCAUCGAAGAUUAGAGCAUACAGUAUCGGCAAGGACUAUCAACAGUUCUGAAGAUAGCUGGUGUUCAACGACUGACGAAGAAAACGACAACGAGGAGGAAGACGAUUUAAGCGAACACAUCGUGUCGACGGCCGCAACGACCACCCAACAGCAACACCAACACUUGCAACAGCCGCAGCAGCAACGGAACAGCCAAUUACGUUCAACAUUCAACAAAGCGAAACAACAUUUGUCCUUUGACAAAUGGCGGACAAGUGGCAGUGGCGGCGGAAACAGUGGAAAUCAGCAACAAAGUCAACAACAUCAUCAAAGUCAACAACAGCUGUCUGGAAUCAACAGCAGUACCACCACCCCCACUACCAACAAUUCACCAACAGUAUCAUCAACAAUGCCAUCAGCUCAUCAUACACAUGAGUCUACAACUCCCGGCGAGACGCCGGGAGGACGACUAUCGAGAUGGUUCUCAAUUCGUCGCGGGUCUGCACAUCAAUACGAUUUGGGUGGCGGACGUGGUGGCGAUGCACGAACAUCUCCCCAAUCAGUUGGAAAUGCAGAUACAAUAGAUGCAGCGCUGGACAGCCCGAUCUUAGUACACAAUGGACUAACGAGCAGUUCUUCUGGUAAAAUGCCUGAAUUACAAGAGAACGACGACGAUUCAAUUCAUGAUGGCAAUGGCAGUUUUUCCUUGGAUCGUAUGUUGAAACCGGGCAGUCGCGCAAAUGGGACAAAUCGGAUGCAUCUGCAACUAAUCAUGCCUUCAAUACCACCAGCUCCAGCAGGAUUGUCUCAACAACAGCUCAAACGGCGACAUAUCGUUGCGGCCAUUGUUCAUAGUGAGAACUCUUAUGUUGCCACUCUUCAACGUCUAGUCAAUGAUUAUAAGAAACCUCUCGAAGAAAGUAAUCCGCCAAUUUUAAGUAGUCCAAAAAUUUCAACAUUGUUCCAUCGCCUUCCGGAUAUUCUGAAAAGUCAUAAACAUUUCCGCAUCGCUUUAGCUGAUUACAUACGAAAUUGGGAUCGUGAUGAAAAAAUCGGCGACGCAUUCGUCAAUGCCUUCAGUAAACCUCAAGUACUGGAAAUAUACAGCGGUUUCAUCAAUAAUUUCUCAGCGGCCAUGGAACUAGCCAAAAUGGAAGCGAAGCGCAAAUCAGCUCUAGCGGACUUCUUCAAAGUGAAACAAAUUAGCGCACACGAUCGGCUUUCAUUUUUCGGUUUAAUGGUGAAGCCAGUACAACGAUUCCCUCAAUUCAUCCUAUUCCUGCAAGAUUUACUCAAGUACACACCUCAUGGACAUCAUGAUCGCAUGACCCUGCAAUUGGCUCUAACUCAAUUGGAAUCAUUGGCGGAAAUGUUGAAUGAGAGAAAACGUGAGGCUGAACAGUAUCAAGCAUUUAAGGAGAUGUUAGGACAUAUUAGUGGAACGUUUAACACACGUUCAUUGACAUCGUCCACGGCAGACGGAAGUCGUCAUCGAUAUUUGUUAAGGGAAGACAACGUGACCCAGUUGGAAUUCAAUCAGUCUGGUUUUAUAGUUAAGUCGAAACAAAGAAGACUGCUUUUGCUCAACGAUAAGGUCAUAUGUGUAUCGGUUGCUCCAAAACAAUCACAUGAUUUCGGGGCAACAGAGAAAUUAUCCUUUAAAUGGAUGUACCCGGUAACAGAUGUGGAAAUCGUUGAUAAUAGUACAUCGGCUACGCUUUCCCGGAUAUUAACAGCAGGAUUGAAUCGAGGUGGUAGCCUAAAAUCCAACAGCAGUUCAUGUGGUAUUAAUGAUAGCGUCACAGCUCUUACAAAUGGAGCCGAUAAUCUGUGCGGUGAAAUGAGUAACCUUAUGCAUGAUUACGAAGUGAUCUCUCGAAUAAAUGAUCUCGUUGGCUCUCUAAGAGGAAAGUACAAAGAAUUGAAUGCGGAUGUUAUGCGAAAUCUUAUGAACUCUAUACAAAGCUCAAUACAAAAGAAAGAUGAGGAAAUGGCUUGGGUUGAUUCUUGUUGCUUGCAACUGAUAGCGCGUAAUAAAUCGGGUAAAGAGGAAACAUUCACCUUUCAAACUGAAAAUCCAUCGGUUAAAAAGGAAUGGAUAACAGAACUGCGGUUGGCGCAAUUAGCGCUGGAUCCAAAUAAUUCACCAGCGUGGGAGGUUCCUGAACAUGAGCAACGGCCGUCGACCAAAAUGCCGCUGUUUGUAAAGGCUCAGCCGUUGUAUAAGUCACAACAUAAUACCGAGGUGCGUUGUGGUUGCUUCUAUAGCAUAACCAAUGACAACAGAUUGGGCACGACACGUCGACGUUUCAAACAUCAAAAUUAUCUUUGGGUUUGCACAAGCAAUGGACCAAGCAGUCACAUCACAAUUUUAUCACAGCAUCACCAACAGGCGGGACUUCUUAAAGAUGUUGGAUCAUUUGAUUUAGUUGAAAAUCAAGUAACGAGCAUGGAAUUUGUCAAAGGUUUAAGUAAUUGGACAACGAAAGAGGAACAAAGUAGUUUACUGGCUGAUCUAGUUUGGAUGGGGACGGAUAGUAGAAAAAUUUUAAUAUAUUUAGCGGCAAACCCUGAACAAGAAGAGCAAUUAUCACACUGUACAGUUCCGGCUAAAGUAACCAAAAUUUUAUAUCAUUUCGAUUCGGUGUUCGUUGCGCUUUCGAAUGCGACUUUGUUAAUAUACCGGCGAGGUUCUGAUGGUGUGUGGAUGUUAAAAGAUCCUCAAACAAUUCAACUUUCUAGCUCAUCGAGCUCAAGCGCCAUUUAUAGCAUUUUGCCGAUAAACUCAAGUAUUUAUGCUGGAUGUGGCAAUAAAGUAUACGUUCUUAACGCAAUCACCGGUGAGGUUCAAAAAUAUUUCGAGGUGCAGCAUGGCAACAAUCAAGAAGUUUACCUAAUGGCACACUCUGGUAUUGGGCUUUGGGUCGCAUUGAAAAACUCUAGCAUCAUUUGUCUAUAUCAUACUGAGACAUUCAAGCAUUUACAGGAUAUAAAUAUAGCUGCUAAUGUGCUUCGUGUUAAAUCAUCAUCACAGGAAAGUAUUAACAAUAGUUCAAUCUACGUGACAUCACUAAUGGCUUGCAAAGGGUUACUAUGGGUUGGAACAAAUGUGGGUAUUGCUCUGACUAUUCCAUUACCUCGCCUCGAAGGUGUUCCCAUUAUAAGUGGUGGCGUUAAUAUAUCUUUCCACGCACACUUUGGUCCAAUCAAUUUUCUUUUACCGCUAGUGCCAAAAUCAUACACCCAAAAACCACCGGCUCCUGCUGAAGCGACGACGAUUGUUGUGAAUGAUGAACCUAUACAUGAAAAUGUACCUAUUGAAAAAAAGGAUAAUGGCAAUGAAGAUUCAGAUUCGGCUGUAAUUCUACGUAAAGAUCUUGAAGAACCAGGACAAGAGCCGUCACCUAAACGUGCUCUUGAUAAGCAAAACUCGUUGGAUUUAAGCUUGGCUGGUAAAUUAAGAGCUCAACUGGCAAGCAGUCCUGCUUUACGCCGGCGUAGAUUCCGUGAAAUGAGUGACGCAUCUCGAGGUUCUAAAACAUUACCGAGAGGUUUGGGCUCAUCUAAUUUCUUCCAGUCAUCAAUACAUUCAAACGGCUCGUCCUUACAACAUGAUCAUGGGUAUUGUGAUGUUUACGGCCUAUAUGGCAAGUUAAUCUUUGUUAAAGAAGAUUACGAUGGUGAAGAUGGUGCACAGGGUAAUUUGUUCGAUUUUAUGUACGAACAAAAACGACGUUCUGAUCCGGAACUGGCCGCUAUACCGGGAAAAGUGAGUACUUUAGAUCGCCGACUACGAAUGAAAGCGAGCAGACCCCGGUCGCUAGAUCUGUCGAACUGGUCAGUAGAUUCGCGAUCAUCUAGUUUAUACACAUCAUCGGGCAGUGAAGAAAGCAUGGGAAUUAGGUUAUUCGGCGGACGAUCAGUGUCACGAAACAGCAGUAGUGCUAGUCAUAAAACUUGUAAUGGAAGCGAUCUAGGGAAUAUUUCUGAGAAUGGUACGAUUCAAGUGGAAGUUCAUAGUUCCACUAACGGAAGCAAUAGUACAAUUGAAACGUCAACCCCAAAACAUAUAUAUAACGCUUCAAAUGCCGCAUACCCCGGCCAUUCAUCAUGUAGUACUAAAUAUCAACAUUGCACAACAAAUUCCGCUUCAAAUGCACCAUUAACAGGAGGAGGAACAAAUGAAAUCUCAUCUACGAUUGCCGCAGCUACUUUGAAAUCGAAAGCAAAGAAAGGUGCAGCUAACGUCGCUGAAUUAAACGCCGGCCCACGAACGAUAAUAACCGUGAUGGGUGGUCGAGGCUACUGGCGGCAUGUUUGGUACACGAGUUCCCCAAGCUCAUCGAAGUCUGCUUCCAAUGCAAAUGGAGCCAUGUCACGAGUUGCAAAUUCAAAUGACGCACACUUAGUUAUAUGGGAGAAGAAGCUUUAACUGUCUGACUUUCCAAUAAAACUUCAUUGCAAACGUAAAUCGGCAUUUCUAAAGGAUAAAUACGACAUAAUGCUCGUUGAACAAUAGUAAAUAGAAUGUUUUGAAUGUAAUUAUGACUGCAUUAAUUGUCGCUGUCACGUAUCUACUCUGUCCAAACUAGCCAACUGGAAACAUCUCAUAAACGGCCUGGAAUCGAUAUUGUUCUAAAUAUGUUUUAAGUUCUGCGCUUACUGUAAAUAUUGUUACUUUUUCUCUGAAGAUAUUUAGUAAGUUGGAAAUAGUUUUUUUCGUAUACACAUAUUUUAAUGAAAUACAAGGGUUUUCUGUUCCGGAAAUUUUUUAUUUUUCUUUUUUGAAAAGAAUGUUUUUAAGUAGUGAAAGCAAUUCUGUUUUCAGUAGACUAUGGAGAAUGGAAUUCAAACGCAUUAUGGAUUAUCUAAAUCCUGAAUUACUUGUAGUGGAAUGAAAGCUGAUUGUCAGUGCCAAAAAUGUAUUGUAUGGCGAAAUUUUGAAUUCAAAUAGCAGCGAAGAAUUGUUUCAUUUCUUUCUUGUUGAAUGAAUAACUCUGUGUUAAUUCUUAAGAUGUAUACGUAAGAAUAUGCUUAAGUUUAAACAUAAAUUUAUUAACGCCUUAAUGUUCAAACUGUGAAUAUAAUUUAAUUAGGAUAGGUUGGUUAUUUGUUCGGUUUCGAGGGGAAAUGAGUCUUCAUGGUAAGGGGUAUCGCUCAUGUGCACUUUUCCUUAUUUUUCGAAUACAGAAUAAACUUGGUUGGAAAAUAGCGCAAAUGUUCGCUAUGCAAACGAUAUGAAACUGUAUUAAGCAGUGCUAAUCGAAGUCUUAGCUAUUUAUGUAAAUUCUGUAUAUUUUUGGUUGUUCUUUCUCUUGAGUAAAUGAAUCAGAACGAAACGUUAAUUUGAAGGUAUUUACUUUAAAAUUGAGAUAUAGAUUCAUACCUCACUCCCAAAAAAUGAAUUCCACUUACUUCAGACAAGCCGUCUGGCAAGUCGUUUCUAGAUGCUCGAUAUUACACUGAUAUUUUCUACCAGCAAAUUUAGAAUUGCAUUUUUUUAUAUUGACUCCAUUUCAAUAUUUCCUCCCAUUAUUUACACAGUGAUCGAAAGCGAGCUUAUAUUUAAGUAUUUAAUAUUCAUCCUUUCCAUAAAACUGCUCAGAACGGCUUCGCCUAGUCCGUUUCAAUGUCAAAGUUAUCUUCAUGCAAUACAAAAAAGAAAAUAAAAAAACUGAACAAAUUGCUUUUGCUAUUUACUUGUAAAAUAUUUUGAAUAUGUUUAAGAGAAAAAGGUAACGGAAAUAUGGAAAGAACGGUCUUAGAAGGUUGAAACCCACUCUAAACCCCAAAUUUAUCAAACGAAGUUGUGUAUACACUUUUUAUAUUAAGAGAACACAAGUUAUAGAAGUUUAUAUCAUAUAUACACAUUAAUAUUUACAUUUACAAGGAAAAUAACAAUAUAUACUUAUACAUAAUGAUGAAAUUAAGGAUCUUCUCUUUUGUUUUCUCUUUAUUCUGUUUCACUAAAUCACUCACAUCAACACAUAUUUAACAUUGAUACAUUUAAUUAACAUCAGCAAUCUCUUAUAAAUCGGGAAAAUAAAAAAACAAUAUGUAAACUGUUAAAACAUAUACAAUAUUAUAAAUAUACAAUUUUGAAAAUAUAUUAUUUUUGGUUAAGUUAUGU